AUGGAGAAGCAGCGACCCUCCGUGCCACCCCCGCAGCUGGGCGGGCAGCAGAGCGGCUCCGCGCCCGGCCUGCCCGAGCCCGAACGGGGCACGGCGGUGCUGGUCAUCCGCUGCGUGAUCCCCUCCCUCUACCUGCUCAUCAUCACGGUGGGGCUGCUGGGCAACAUCACCCUGGUGAAGAUCUUCGUUAGCAACAGCGCCAUGCGGAGCGUGCCCAACAUCUUCAUCUCCAGCCUGGCCGCCGGGGACCUGCUGCUGCUGGUCACCUGCGUGCCCGUGGACGCCUCUCGCUACUUUUUCGACGAGUGGAUGUUCGGGAAAGUGGGCUGCAAGCUGAUCCCGGCCAUCCAGCUCACCUCCGUGGGAGUGUCGGUGUUCACCCUCACCGCCCUGAGCGCCGACAGGUUCAAGGCAAUUGUGAAUCCCAUGGAUAUCCAGACAUCGAGUGCAGUUUUGUGGACAUGCAUUAAAGCCAUUGGAAUUUGGUUGAUCUCUGGGGUACUAGCAGUACCCGAAGCCGUUUUCUCUGAAUUGGCACACAUCAAUGACACGAAUGCCAGCUUCACUGCUUGUAUACCCUACCCCCAGACUGAUGAUUUACAUCCAAAGAUACAUUCUGUGCUAAUUUUUUUGGUGUAUUUUCUUAUUCCACUCACCAUCAUUAGUGUUUAUUAUUACCAUAUUGCAAAGACAUUGAUUAAAAGUGCCCACAAUAUCCCGGGAGAAUACAGUGAACAUUCCAAAAAGCAGAUGGAAACUCGGAAGCGCCUGGCCAAAAUCGUCCUGGUCUUCGUCGGCUGUUUCGCUCUCUGUUGGUUUCCCAACCACGUGCUCUACAUGUAUCGGUCCUUUAACUACAGCGAGAUCGACCCAUCCCUGGGCCACAUGAUCAUCACAUUAGUGGCCCGGGUCUUGAGUUUCUGCAAUUCUUGCGUCAACCCUUUUGCACUCUACUUACUCAGUGAGAGCUUUAGGAGACACUUCAAUAACCAGCUCUGUUGCAGGAAGAAGUCUUACCAGGAGAGAUCUGCCAGCUAUCUGCUUAGCUCUUCUGCCGUGAGAAUGACUUCUCUGAAAAGCAAUGCUAAGAACACAAUGACCAAUCCUGCCUUAUUAAACGGGCACAGUGGGAAGCAGGAAAUGUCUCUGUGA